GGUGUGGGUGUGAGUACACUUGGUGGUGUCACUGCUGGUGCCUCGAAUAUCACAAACAUGGUGAACCAGUCCUCUGAUCGCAAAGCUGUUCGAAGCAUCAUUAAAGAGUUUGAAGAGAAAAUUAAUGCAGUAGUCACCUGGCUCCAGGAGAUUUGCAACAGCUUACAGGCAAUCAGAAACCGAUUUCAGACAGCUGAUGUACCUGGCACUAUGGAUAGCAGUUUCAGUGAUGAGAACCUGACACGGCUUGGCCUCAGGGCAGGGAGGGGCCUAGGUGUGAUUCCUGAACUGAUUCGACUAGUUCAAGUAGUUAACAUUGGCAAGAUCGCAGCACAGGCAAGCAGAGUGGUACGUGUGGCAGAGGCAGUCACAGGUGUGCUUUCAGGUUUAUUUAUAGCAGUAGACCUCUUCUUCAUUGCCAUGGAUGCUAAAGAGAUACACCACAUUAGACAGGCAAAGGCAGCAGAGGAGAGAACUACUUCUCAGCCAGUGUCUGAGAAUGAAACUGAAGGUUUUGUCCGCACCUCUGACAAUGCUCCACUAGUGAGUGAAGAGUCUAGAGUCAAAUCAGACCUCAUGAAAUUUGUCAAGUCAGUCAGGGAGGCAGCAGACAACUUGCAGGGAGUCCUGGAUGAGAUCAAAAGCAUCAUCUCAUUUAUCCCUUCAUUUGGGGAUGAGAGUGAGCUGGAAUAACAAGAUAGGGAAUGAAUGUAAACCAAAGUUAACUAAACUCAAGUCAAAUAAAAAUUACAUAUAAAAUAAAUUUACUCAUUGAAGUCACCACUCAGUAGAAAAUUCUUUUCACAUUAUUCUGUUGAGCAAGUGCAGUAACGCUUUUCCUCUUAAAAAAAAAAAGAUGCUUUUGUUUUUUUUUUUUAAAUAUACCAUGCACCAGCAUUUUAAAAAGUCCAUGUCUGAUUUCGGAACUUGAUAAUAAAUUGGGAAUGUUUUGGAUUUCCAAGUAAAAUAUUUUAUUAAUGAAAUCAAUUAAACAUAUGUGUAAUCAGUGUGUAGUAAUGGAUAAUAUAAUAACAUACAAAUGACAAACUUACAUUUAAGUUAAAUCACAUCUAUCACCAAGCUGGAUAACCUUAAACUAAGUUUUCUGACUACCAAUAAAGGAUGAAAAAAACUCCUGCUUAUUGCAGGAAUAAACAAUUUUUGCUGUUUGUAUUGCUAGCAACCUGAAAACAAAGUUUUUAUUAUGUCUUUUUUCAUUAUUUGCUACAUUAAUGCAAUAUAAUGUUAAAGUCCCUAUAUGUAGGAUUCGAAAAAGUAUUCCCCAGCAGCAUCUGUAGUGGUGGUACUGUACCAAAAAGGACACUGUGACACAAUUCAAUGGUUACACCCAGAGAACUAACCUAAGAACCCUGCAAUGAAAGGGCUCAGUGCUGCACAUAAACUCACAUCAAUUUUUCUUAGGCGUGACUGAUCUUUGAACAAACAAUAAAAAUGUUUAUAAUGUUAUCACAAACAUUCUACAAAUAGGGGCUUUAGCUGCAUUCAAACAUAUGCUUAUGAAUAGUGUGCCAAGCUUAAUUUUAGCUCAGUAGUGGCAAUUUCCAGGUUUUCUGUAUAAAUUGGUCAUGAAAUGUGAUCUGAUCCUCACCAAAGUCAUAAAUAUCAACAACCAAAAUAUUCCUAAGCUGAUAAAUCAAAAACAAUCAUGAUCUCUCAUGUCUUUAUUGAACACACCCAUUAAUUAUACACAAUGAUGGUGGAAAAAGCAAAGGCAGCAGUUUUAAUAACUGGUUGAACCACCUUUGGCAACAAUAACCUGAAGUAAGCACUUCCUGUAGCUGUGGAUUAGACUUUACCCAAUGUUCAGGAGAAAUUUUGGACCAGUCUUCCUUACAGAACUACUUCAGCUCAGUCAUAUUUGUAGGACAUCUGGUGUGAACGGCUCUCUUGAGUUCACUCCACAGAAUCUCUACUGGGUUGAGGUCUGGGCUCAUUUCAACUGUCCACAGGAUGUUUUCCCAGUAAUGAUGUGGACAGUCAAGGUAGUCGUUUGGCAAACUUCAGGCAUGCUGCAAUGAUUUUGAAGAGCUCUGUGGUGUCAUGCCAUUUUGCAUAUGGUUGACUCAUGAGCAGAGAUGUUAACACACUCCAAUUUUUUUUUUUUUACCUCACUGAGCAUUCUACAUUGUGCAUUUGGGGUGAUCUUGGCUGGGCAUUUGCUUCAAUGGAGAAUAACCAUAGUACCAAAUCAUCUCCAUUUAUAGGCAGUAUGUCUAACUGUGGACUGAUAAUAUCUAAAGUCUUUAGCCCCUUUUUUCUUCAAACGAACACCUGACUUUCAUGCAGAGAACCAGAGAUAGUGUCCCAUGUCCACUGUUGUGUUUCAAGUGUUUUGUGUGUUUUACAGUGUUUCAACUGACCCCAGGGCCUUUUUCUAACCUUGAGUGCCUAAACGUAACUAUAUAGCAUAGUUUCAAUGUCCUUUUGGCUUCAAUUUUAGAUCAAGAAAAACAUAGCAACAUCAUAGUUUUCAAGGUGUUAUUGUGAGAGUAGUAUGUUUUGUGUUGCAGACCAACAUAGCUAUUGUACAGUUUGUCAUGUCAUGUAUUUUUGCAUAAUAUUUACUUCUCUAUAAUCACUGUGCUUUACAAAUUUACUCUGCUAGCCUAUAAUUCUUUGUGAAUAUUUUAAAGAUU